UGGGACCUCAAUAAACGUGGUGGGGUGGGGGAGACCCCCUUCCAUCUUCUGUUUCUCAUGGGCACCAAGGAACAUACUGCUGUGGGAAAGAUCUUUCUGGAGCUCUACCCUAGAAUGUCACUGGAUGUUUACGAAGGCAAUGAAUACUUUGGAGAAAGUGCAUUACAUAUAGCAGUAGUGAAUAAUGAUUUAGAAACAGUUAAACUAUUAGUAAAACAGGGAGCCUUGGUUAACCAGAGAGCUUCAGGUCGUUUCUUUCUCCCAGAAGAUGUCAAACAUGGUAAAGAUCCCAAAAAUACAGACUAUUUCGGUUAUGCGUAUUAUGGUGAAUACCCUCUAGCCUUCGCAGCCUCUUUUAACUUCCAAGAAAUCUAUGACCAUCUGUUAGAGAAUGGGGCUGAUCCAGACCUGAAGGAUUCCUUUGGUAACACUGUCUUACAUAUGACAGUUAUCUGCCAUCAGCCAAAAAUGUAUAAAUAUGCAGUACAACAUUUAACGAAGAAGGCCAAUAAAGAUAUAGAAAACAACGCAGGUCUGACACCGUUAACAUUGGCUAGUAAAUUAGGUCGACAACAGAUCUUCUCUGAAAUGUUAGAAAUCGACAGUAUGGUCAUGUGGAAAUACAGCAAUAUAACAUGUUCUAUGUAUCCUCUUGAAAAUCUAGACUCGGUAGAUAGAGAGGGAAAAGCCAAUUACAAGUCUGCUCUGAUGAUAAUAGUUAAUGGAGAAACAGACGGCCAUCUUGAUAUGUUAGAAGGUGGAGUUAUGAGACAACUUCUGGAGGAAAAAUGGAAAACUUUUGGUCAGAAUCGGUUUAUUGUGCGUUUAUUGUUUGCAUUUAUUCAUCUUGCUAUGAUAUCUGUGUGUGUUUAUACCAGACCCAUGAGACACGGUCUACUAGAGAUUUCUACUCCUACUGAUACAGUGAGUAUUGCCCGAUUAGUAUUUGAAAUUUUAACAUGUUUAAUAUGUUCACUAACUCUGAUGAUAGAACUCAAAGAAAUCAGUGGAGUUGGAUUCUUAUUGUUCAGACAUGCACCAGACCAAGCUAUCUAUUUAUUAGCCUGUACGUUAAUAUUAGUGUGUAUUCCACUGAGAUUAACUGGUCUCUCUGAUAUAGAGGAUACAUUACUCACCAUCGCCGUGCCAUGUUCUUUUAUAUAUCUACUCUUCUUUGCCAGAGUAUAUCGGCUAACUGGUCCGUUCGUUACUAUGGUAUAUGAAAUGUGUAUUAGAGAUUUAUUCAGAUUUGGAAUUGUAUAUAUUAUAUUUUUAGUUGGUUUUACUCAAGGAUUUUAUUUUCUAUUUGCUGAUGUACAGACAGACAAUACUGAAGUUUUAAAAUUCUCCACGUACCCUGACACAAUCAUGAAUCUAUUUCAAAUGACUCUCGGAGAAUUUAAGUAUGAAACGUUUAAUUACGCGAGAUAUGUUUGGUUGACGAAGUUUGAGUUUUUUAUCUUUAUGAUCUUAGUACCUAUUUUAUUGUUAAACAUGUUAAUAGCCAUGAUGGGAAAUACAUACCAUAAUAUUAUAACUAAAUCAGAGAAAGAAUGGCGGAGACAGUGGGCGAAGAUAUUGAUAGUCUUAGAGAGAGGGUUUUUUAAAAAACAACUGUUAAGGUUUCAAAGGGAAUAUUCUAUAGAGUUCACAGAUACUAAACGUGCCCUGGUGGUUAUAAAAGCCUCCAACAAAUCAAAUGCUAAACAAUCAAAAGCUGCCAAAGCUAACUGGAAGGUAGGCUGUGUAUUUCAUUCAGAUUAA